ACUGACGAAUUUCACAUGCUGAUUCCGGAUGAUGCUAUAUCAUUGUCUCCACGGAAACAUGCAACAGUCAAGAUGGCUGCUCGAUGGGUCAUUUCAUGUUUGGUGGUGAUUUUAGGCCUGUGUAGAGCUGAGCAGCUGUAUGUGCUCCAUGCACCCAGCUAUGUCCAGUUCCUGCCCUCGGCCUCCCCUCUCCACACAGUGGACCUGCCCAAGGUCAUCGGACUAGUGCUGGGAUUCUCAACCAGCAAGGACCUGGAAUGGCAGGGUCUGGGCCCAGGCAGCUUGUUCCAGAGACCCAGAGCCAACUUCCUCAUCUCUGUGGAGAACCUCCCCACGGGAGCUACCAUUGAGCCAGUGGGGGGUGUCAAGGCUACCUACCCUGUCAAACAGACUGGACUACCAGACCUGUCUGCAGUGCACAGCCACAUCGCCUCCAGUUUUCCUGACAGAAAAUCUCUCAUGCUGGACCUCACCAUGGACGGGAACGUGUUUGAGGUGAGACCGCUGUACCCAGGGCUGUUCUCUGAGCUGCCUGCCACCCCCCAGCAGAUUGCUGUCCACUUGCAGAAGGAUGGGUCAGUGCUGAGGACUGAGAGACUAGGGAGCCUGAAUACCACUAAGGAGUUGAGUGGUCAGCAGGCGUUGGUGUCCGACGGUGUGCCAGACCUGGUCAGUGUGAGUCUGACCGGUGUAGGGCGGCUGGCUCAAGAGUACGGCCCGACAAGUCAGCAGGUCCAGGAUGCCAUCACUGUCCUCAACAGCUUCCUACCCAAGUUUUCCAAGACAGUUGCUGAGCUGUACUCAGGCAAUGUUGUAGUGGAAGCCAUGACUCUGUCUACCCCCACGGGUGGUAUGCAGCGGUCCCGACGCUCACUGCUUCAACAGGCACAGGACAAGCCUGGUAACCUUGCGCCCAAAAUCAACCCUGACUACCCGGUCAUCUUCAACAUGUCCCUGUGGCUGGGGGUCCUGCUACUUCUCGCGGUCUACUCCGUAGCGUACAACCUCCUGUACAUGGAACCCGGGCGCGACUCCAUCAUCUACCGCAUGACGUCCGGACGCAUGAAAACCGAGGAUGACUACACUCGGUUUGGGCAGGGGGCACACAGGCCUGUACAGAAAUGGGACUGAUCGUUCUUCAAGCAUUUCCGGCUCAAAAUAUCACCAUUAUAUCAGUAACAUUGCUGUACAGGUAUUUUGAUGUUAUCUGCAUCUGAAAACAGAUAUGCAGAAAAGGUACAAAGUAUUUUGAGCCCUGCUUUGUGAAAAAUAUGUAUUGAAAACCACUGUGUCAUUGGUAAUGGAUGUAGACAUUUCCUUCUGAAAAUCUAUGUUGUAAAUAGAAGAAUAUUGUAACAAUUGUUAUUCUUGACUAGGGUUUAAGAUACAAGAAUAAAACAGUUAAAGUAAUGUUAAAAAAAGCUAACCAAUGUAAGAAUGACUAUGAUUGGUAAAGACAGAAGAAAAUGAACGUAAAAGACAGAAGAAAACGAAACUAUCAAUAUGCAACUAUCUAUUCUGUAAUGUUUAAUAAGGGAACACUCGAUAUUAAGAAAACAAAGUACAAACUGUCAAAAUAGGGGCUUUGGUGUAAGCCGUAUUUGCAUGCAUUUUGUGGUCCGUUAAAUGUGGUUUAAAUGUCUUAUUACACCUACUAGAUUAAGUAGACCCUAGAAUUAUUCAUUAUGAAAGAAGGAAAAGACAAUCUCCUUGAGAUCAUUGAAUAUAGUAUUUAAAGGUUCAUCGAGGUACCAUCUUAAAAACAUAUUAGUUCAGUUGUGAAAGAAAUCGACUUAGUGAAGUACACAUUAUUUUCAUAUACAAUUGUAAAGUACUAACAAACUACCAUUCAGUCAGUCCUCUGAACCCUCUCAGAGACGGGGGCAGUUACAGGCUACCAGGCACAUUUGACACAUUAAUGACAUCACCCUACCGUUCAGGUUAUGUGUCAUGGGCUUUAGGUCAUUUCAGUUUAAAAGUAGGAUGAGUUAAAUGAUCGAAGCUUUUUGUGAGUGCUUUACCAUGUGUGCGGAAAUAAAGUGUAAAACAUUUUACUAAAAUAAUGCUGUGUAAACAAGUAUAAGGUCGUUCACUAUUCCAAGUUCGUUUGCACAUUGACAAACAAACACCUAUGGGCGUUGUUAUGUAAAUCAAGACUGUGGUCUAGACAAAAACUGUUAACAAGUCAGGCGCCUUCCUAGUUGACACAUUACGCACCUGUCUCUGUGCAUGCGCACUUGGAAUGGUGAUUAAUCUUACUAGCCCAACUAUAGACAGUAGAAUGUGUCAACUAUAGUACCGUGUGUAUGUUGCUGAUUACAUUUGUGUUCCUUUGGUGAUUCAUUUUGGAGUUGGUACCUACUAGUGUCCAUGACUAUUUAAGAUGUACACAUCAUAAAUAAUAAAGAUAUCCAAGUAGAGUUAUUGAAAAAAAAAGUGAUUUUCAAGAUUAUAAGAAAGGGGUUAACAAUUGGUGUUCAGAAGUUUCUAGAUCUGAAUCUGAGCCUUGUGCUGCUCUAGAUGUUUGUGAUUGGACAAUUAACGUACAUGUAACAUGUUUAGAACAGUGGUGUGUAGGAAGUAUCUGUGCAAUAAAUGGUAUGAUUGAAAGAAAGGU